UAGUUCCGGUACACUUCUCAGCUGUUGUACAUCAAUCCGCGCAGUUGCCUUUUGUUUAAAUAAUUUCGAAUAUACGUGUUGUUUAAUAAAUCCGUUUACUGCAUGUUUUACUUUGUAUAUAUUAAGUAAUUUUAUGUAAGACUAAAUAUAUCAAGUUAAGACUAAAUAAUAUGUAAGAGGAGAAAGUUUGACGCCAACGUAAAAGCUAAAACGCUUUCUCGAAAUUUUAAACUGUAUGUUUACGCGUCACUGUUUUUGCCAUUAUUAUUAACUACAUACGCGUGAUGUUGACAUUUUGACUUCUAUGCUGGAAUAUAACGAAGACCGACGCUGUUCAAUUUUUUAAUGCCCGUGAAGUGUAUUAAACGGUGUUAAUAUUACAUACUUUGUAGAACUCGGCGGUAAUAAAAUGUAUUACUUGUUAGCGUACGUGUUAAAUGUAAAUAUACCUCUUUAACAGUUUAAUGAACCGCGUAGAGCGACAAGUAGUGAAGAGGAGGGGACGCUACUUUUCAUACGAUGCCCAAACGUCAACCCUUGCUGUGUACAGUCCAAAUGUAUUACAGUUCCUACAUGUCAUCGCUUGGAUGUAGUUGCCCAGAAUGACCCAACCUCGACCUAACGAGUUUAUUCCACCGCCGGAAUGUCCAGUGUUUGAGCCUAGCUGGGAAGAAUUUGCCGACCCGUUUGGGUUUAUCAACAAAAUACGCCACAUUGCAGAAAAGUCUGGCAUUUGUAAAAUCCGACCACCGCAGGGGUGGCAACCACCAUUUGCCUGUGAUGUGGACCGACUGCAUUUUACCCCACGCAUACAGAGACUUAAUGAAUUGGAGGCUCAAACCAGAGUCAGACUCAACUUUCUGGACCAGAUAGCCAAGUUUUGGGAGCUGCAGGGCUGCGCAUUGAAAAUACCUCAUGUGGAACGUAAAUCUCUGGACCUGCACCUGCUCUACAAAUUGGUUAUGGAGGAAGGCGGCUUUGACAUGGUCUGCAGGGAGCGAAAAUGGACCCAGAUUGCUCAAAAGAUGGGCUUUGCUCCUGGCAAGGCAAUUGGAUCUCACUUACGUGGACACUAUGAGAGGAUUCUCUACCCUUUCUACCUAUUCAAGACAGGAGCCAAUCUUGUGAACUCACAGAAACCCACUCUUGCAAAUGAUACCAAAGAUAAGGUAUAUAAAUCUCAUGACUUACCCCAGCGACAGUCUGUACAGCCUGCAGAAACUUCCACCAUUGCUCGCAGAGCCAAGCGGUCUAAAAUCUCUUCAAAGGGUCGCUGUUUCAAAAGUAAGUUGGAGUCUGAAAACAGACCCAACCUGAGAAGGAGAAUGGGCUCUUGUGUGACACAACCAGAAACGGUGAAAAGCUUUCCAGUUCAGGUAAAACAGGAGCCUGUGGAACAAGUUGAAUCAGUGUCUGGUGGAGAAAAAUCAAAGGUGGAACAGUACAUGUGUUUGGGGUGUGGGGGAGGUGAUGAUGAGGACAAGCUGUUGCUGUGUGAUGGCUGUGAUGACAGCUACCACACAUACUGUCUUAUCCCACCACUUCAUGAUGUCCCUAAAGGGGACUGGAGAUGUCCUGAGUGCCUGGCGCAGGAGUGUGGCAAGCUUCAAGUUGCAUUUGGCUUUGAACAGGCAUCCAGAAACUAUACCCUCCGCUCCUUCGGAGAUAUGGCAGACGCCUUCAAGUCAGACUAUUUCAACAUGCCUGUGCAUAUGGUCCCUACUGAGUUGGUUGAAAAGGAAUUUUGGCGUUUACUUGGCACUAUUGAGGAAGAUGUCACAGUAGAGUAUGGGGCAGACAUUGCUUCAAAGGCCUUUGGCAGUGGAUUCCCUGUUAGAAAUGGUCCUUUUAAAGUUGCCCCCGAUGAGGAGCAUUACUUCAGCUGUGGAUGGAACUUAAACAACAUGCCAGUGUUGGAUGCAUCAGUGCUGACUCACAUCACAGCUGACAUAUGUGGGAUGAAGCUGCCCUGGCUCUAUGUGGGCAUGUGCUUCUCCUCUUUCUGUUGGCAUAUUGAGGAUCACUGGAGCUAUUCUGUAAACUAUUUGCAUUGGGGAGAGCCAAAGACAUGGUAUGGUGCUCCUGGUUUUGCAGCAGAGCAGUUGGAAGACGUGAUGAAAAAACUUACCCCUGAGCUCUUUGAGUCCCAGCCAGAUUUGCUCCAUCAGUUGGUCACAAUCAUGAACCCCAAUGUUCUAAUGGAGCAUGGAGUCCCUGUUUACCGCACAAACCAGUGUGCUGGUGAGUUUGUCAUCACCUUCCCGAGAGCAUACCACAGCGGGUUCAAUCAGGGCUUUAACUUUGCAGAGGCUGUUAACUUCUGCACAGUAGACUGGCUACCACUUGGGAGACAGUGUGUAGAGCAUUAUCGCUCAUUAAACAGAUACUGUGUUUUCUCCCAUGAUGAGAUGGUCUGUAAUAUUGCAGCCAAGGCAGACAACCUGGAGCUGGAGCUGGCCUCGGCUAUACAGAGAGACCUGAGAAUUAUGAUUCAGGAGGAGAAAGAGCUGCGAGAAAAAGCUUACAAGCUGGGUGUGUGGCACUCUCGCCAGGUGGACUAUGAAGAGCAGCCAGAUGAGGAGAGGCAGUGCUCUAAAUGCAGGACCACCUGUUAUCUAUCUGCCAUCUCUUGUCCCUGUAGUCCUGGCCAGUUGGUGUGUCUACAUCACAUCCAGGACCUCUGUUCCUGUAGCCCUAAUCGUUAUACACUAAAUUAUAAGUAUACCUUGGGCAUGUUGAACCAAAUGUUCAAGACUUUGGCAGCACAUGCUGAGUCAUACAGUGAUUGGUCUUCUAAAGUUAACAUAAUUUUAAAGGCUGACCAAGACGAUAAAAGGGACUUGGAGGACCUUCGUGCACUGAUUUUGGAGGCUGAGAAGAUGAUGUAUCCUCAAAUGGAACUGCUACUCCAUCUAAGACAGGUUGUCCAGGAUGCAGAAAAGAGUACUUUAAUGGCCCAGCAGUUACUUAAUGGAAAGAGACAGACCAGGUAUCGAUCAGGUGGUGGGAAAUCUCAGAAACAUCUCUCUGUAGAAGAGUUGAGGUUAUUUGUCCAGCAGCUAAAUGACCUUCCCUGUACCAUUAGACAGGCUCCUUUUCUUAAGGCUCUGCUUACUCGUGUCAGGCAGUUCCAGAAACAGAGCUCAGAUCUCCUGGCCAUAGAGAUGCCCAGCUCCUCAGCCCUGCAAGCUGUGCUGGAUGAGGGUUCUGGUCUGGAGUUAGAGUUGCCAGAGAUUGAUGUGCUCAGGCAGCGGUUCGAGCAGGCACGCUGGGUUGAAACGGUACAACAGGCUAGCAAGGAUCCCACCAGCCUCAGUCUGGAAUGCAUGAGGAAACUGAUUGACCAAGGAGUGGGUCUGGAGCCUCAUUCUUGUGUGGAGAAGACCAUGGCCCAUCUGCAAGAGCUGCUUACUGUGUGUGAGCACUGUGAGGAGAAGGCACACAGCAUGUUAAUGGCCAGACCUUGCCAAAAUUUAGAGAUGCUGGAGGCAAUGCUGUUGGAAGUAAAUAGUAUCCAGGCUUACCUGCCCAACUGUCUCCAAUUGCAAGACUCUGUCAUUAGGGCUAGAGAGUGGAUACAGGAAGCGGAAGCCUUACAGCAUGGAAGGUGUAUCCCUGUUCUCUCCUCCUUGAAUGAUCUAGUGUUAAAAGCUAAAGCCAUCCCAGUCAUGCUGAAGCCUCUGGCACGACUGGAAAGCCUUGUGUCAGAAGUGCAGGCCUGGAAGAAAAAUGCAGCUAAAAUGUUUUUGUUGAAGGAUUCCUCCCUCACCCUCUUGGAGGUAUUGUGCCCCAGAUGUGAGACAUUGUGUCCGAAAUCAAAAUCAAAAAGAUUGAAAGACAUUCCUGCAGCUGUUAAAUCAAAUGGCGUAAAGCUGAACAGCCUUGGUGAUGUGGAGAGAGCUCUCUCUGAAAGCAAAGACACAACGUUAGCAAUGGCUACUCUGUGUGAGGUGCGUUUAAAGGAAUUGGAGAAUCUCAAUAUCCUAAGAAACACAAAUAAUUCGAAGUUUCUUCCCACAAAUGGCUCUGCUCCUACAGUGUGCCUAUGCCAUACAGUGCCAGCAGGCCCCAUGCUCCAGUGCGACCUCUGCCACGAUGCUUACCACAGUGGUUGUGUACCAGGGUACCAGAAUACACAGGCAGGGCAACCUUGGUUGUGCCCGCUCUGCAGUCGAUCUGAGAAACCUCCUAUGGACAAGUUGCUACCCCUUCUUUCCUCUCUCCAGCGUAUUCGGGUACGGCUCCCAGAAGGUGACGCAUUGCGUUUUAUGAUUGAGAGGACAGUGCGCUGGCAGCACAGGGUACAACAGUUCUCAGCUUUUACACAGCAGAUUGAUGGAGAAGUGAGACCUUUCUCUGGAAAGGGUUCUUCUCUGGACGGGAGUAAUGGGUGCUACUACUUGCAGCAUUCAUGCAUUCCUCUCAGUGUUCUUAGUCCAGAACUAGAGGAGCUGCUUGUGGAAGGACUCCUUCUACAGGUUACUUUGCCUGAGCUGCAGCAUCUCUACCAGGGGUUGCUCAGCAGCGCGUUUCCCCCUCAGCAUGCCCUACAGAGCAGUGAGCAUGACCACCAGUACCACAUUACACAGGACACUAGCCUAACUUACAAAAGUCCACCCCAGAACAUGGUCCAGGAUUUCAUUUUGGAGGACCCUGAAAAGCUAGAAAAGAACCCCAAGAGACACUUUGAAAAGGAAACCUCUGAUGUGGAGGACAGAAACAAUGUAAAGAAGGCCAAGAAAAAAAAGUCUAGGACAACCCAGGAGAGGGCACACGAGAAACAAGCCAUUUCCACCUCUUGUUUGAGCUCCGAUCCACCCUUUUCAGAGGACUUUGAGGAGGACUGGUCUGUCUGUUCGGCAAAGCAAUGUCAACAACCAGAGGGAAAUGAGGUAAACUGGGUUCAGUGUGAUGGCAACUGUAACCAGUGGUUCCACCAAAUUUGUGUGGGUGUGUCUGCUGAGCAGGCUAAGAAUGAAGACUACAUCUGCAUCAACUGCUUACUAAAAUAAUUACAUCAAAAGGACCAAAACAAAUGUUCCAAACCUCUAUAGUUACCACAUUUUGUUCCUGCCCUUCAAAAGUCCUUGUCAGUCCUACAUGUCAUGUUUGCAUUGUAGAACUGAACCACAACCAUUAUUUUUCAGGGUUUUUCUUCCUGACUAGAGCGACUGGACAUUAAGAUGAUGUACCUCAGGUGUUUCUAUUUGAUAAAUAAAGCAAUGUCCGUUUCCUUAAAUGUAUAAUUUUGCAAUUUUACCUCCUAACAUGCUAAUUACUUUGACCACAUGGUUUGAGGGCUGUUUUUCACCAAAUUAGAUAAAUCAGGCUAAAAAGAAAGCUAUGAAUUUAUUUUUAAAUGAAAUCUAUUUGGUACACAUCUAGUUUUUUUUUUUUUUUUUUUUAUUGCAGCAAUAACAAAGCUGGUUAUUUUUUUUUAAUUAUUAUUGCUUUCUUGAACUUGCGAUGGUUGUACAGAAUCCUGAUUUAGGUUGUCCAAGUGUGAUGUAGCAGACAGAAGUGUAAAAUAUUCUUUGUGACCAUUGCUAUUUAAUUUCUUUGUAACUAAACAAUAUCAGCUAUUGUUGAAUAAAUUAGUUUGUUCUGGUUGA